CACAGAGCAGCAGAAACUCUGUCAUGUUUCUCUUCUUGAUGUUGGGACUUCUGGUCUGCUCAGAACCACCAGGUUCCAGCGCUGUGACAUUUGUGCUGAAGGGAGAAGAUGUCACUCUGGAUAUUCAGAAACCUGAUAUUCAAGAAGGAACCACAUUUGCAUGGAGGUUCAAGAGUAGAUACAAUGUACUAAGAUUAGAUAAUGAUAAAGUAUUUAUCUUUCCAAACUACAGAGGAAGGGUUGAGUUUUCAUUAGAAGAUUACUCUUUGCUGUUGAAGAAUCUAACAGAAGCUGACAGUGGAGUUUAUUCUGCACUGCUGAUUGGGGAACAAGACGAGAAAGUGGCUGAAUAUGAAGUCACAGUUCAAGAGCGAGUGUCUCCAGUUCACCUGACAGUGAAGCCUGUCUCCUCCAGCUCAGACUCCUGUAACGUCACUGUGACCUGCAGUAGUCAGGACUCUUCCAUCAGCAGCACUUUGACAUGUGACGGAGAAGACUGCUCUCUGGAGGGAGGAGAGAGGUCAGAGGUCACAGCCUCUGCUGCCUCCAUCACAGUCUACCUGUUGAAUGGGUCAGUCAUCUGUAACCAUAGCAACCAGGUCAGCUGGAGAGAGGACAGAAUGAAGAUUGAUGCUCUCUGCUGGCUACAUGCUGGUAAGACACUCACUGUGAUGAACAUAAGCAGCAUUGUUCUCACUUCCUUUUUUUCUGGUCCACAGAGUCCCUCUGGUGUCUCUGUGUGUCUCGUGAAGACGGUCGUGUUCUCGGUCGGUCUGAUCAUCAUGGUGUCUGUGGUGAUCGGCGUCAACCUCCUGGACAGGCUCAAAAAAAAAGAGUGAACCAUCACUUCUCCAGUGGCCAAACUUUCAUCUCCCUAUUUACAUUUGACAUUGUGGACAUUUAGCUGCACCCUGAACAUACCUGACAGAGUAUCCCUGUGACUGUAGACUGAUCAUGCACAGUAUAAUAGCGAGUGCUUGAUAUAGAAAGUGAAGUGUCAAAUUUGAAAUGUCCUCGUUUUGCCCAAAUGGUAGGUGACACAAAAAAUCUCUUCUGUGGAUUGCCAUGAGCACAUUCUCAUUCCCCUGAGAGCAGAUUUGCAUGACCUUUCAUGGAGUGUCACCCUCAAAAUUUGACAAAUUUAUCAAAUUUACAGAGAAGAGGGGCACUGAAUGACGUAACAUGCAGUAUUUUUCAUGCACCGACACCUGAGCAUUUUCAUGUUGCAUUUUAGUUCAUGUCUAAAACAUUUCAUAUCAUUUGCAGCAGUUCAA